AUGAUGACUUAUUAAACAAAAGAAGUAACCCACUAGUUGCUGAAGAAAUUUAAGAGCUUAAUUCAUUUGAUCCUAGUAAUAGAGUAGAUACCGUUUUAAACAAUUUAAAAUAAGGAGGAUAACCACUUUAUAGCUGAUUUAAGCAAUUAAAAUAAAGAUUUAUUCAAUUAUAUUUAGUUUUUUAUAAGCUAAUUAAUCAAACUCUAAUUAUAAACAUUUAAGAAUUAAUUUAAUACAAAAUAAAAUAAUUGA